UGCUGUUAUGGCAACAUGAGUGACUUGCUGUUGCUAAACGCAAGCAAGACGAGACCGAAGUCAAUCAACUUAGCAAGCAGGCGUCUCGAUCGCGUUCCUGCUCUUAUCAGCAAACUACAGACUCUUCAGUCAGUCAGCUUCAAGAACAACUCUCUCACUUCUCUGUGUGAUGAAAUCACUCAUCUCAAAGAGCUGACAUCUGUAAAUCUUGGUAAUAACCAUCUGUCGUGUGUCCCCGAUCAGCUUAGUUUCCUUCCUAAGCUCAACAUUUUGCACUUGUUUGGAAACCAUAUUUGUGAACUUGCUCCGAAUGUUGUCGUUUCUUUGCAAGGACUGACCCUUUUAAACUUGAAUGAUAAUCUUCUGACAUUUCUACCUUCACAGAUCUCAAGUUUGGGUCAGCUUCAGUGGUUGAGUCUUGCUCGCAACCAACUGACUGUACUACCACCUGAAAUUGGCCGUCUCAAUGAGCUAAGAGAACUUAACGUGUCUGACAAUCUACUAACACUCUUGCCUGAUGAAAUUAGUCAUUUGAAGAAGUUGAAAAAGUUGUACUUACAGAAAAACAAACUUCCAAGAUUGAACCAUAAUAUUGAAGGCUGUGUAGCAUUAUUGGUAGUAGAUGUAUCCGUCAAUGAACUUGUUUCCUUUCCAUACGAGAUUAAGUCUUUGUCACUGAAUGAGUUGUACUGCGAAGCUAACCCUCUGCUACAAGAACUUCCAGUUUCAUCAGAACAGGAAGAUGAAGUAUUGUGCCUUCGAGAAGCUGCUGCUCGUAUUGUGCUAAAAAGCUUGAAAGAUAGAACUUCUCGUUCACGUGUCUUAUUGAAAUUUCAUCCAGAGCUGAGAAAAUCGCUUGCAGCUGCUCGGAAGUGUGCUGUAUGUAGAGAGUCAUUUUUGAAUACGUGGCUGGAGUGUGUACAAUUUGUUAGCAGUCGCAAAGUGCUUGGAGUAAAGAAUAAUGCAGGAGUUAUACCACUUCGAGUUCUACUGUGUUCCUAUCGAUGUUUCAAUGUUGGAGCACAUAACUAUUAUGGAGUCGCAUUGCCUUGAGUUACAGGAAGAGUAUAUUAUGACGUUUGUAAAGUUAACUGAAGUUUGUCAGACAGGUAAUAGUGAUGGUUGUGCUUCUGCAGCAUGUAGUAAAAUUUCUGCCAUGACGAUUUCAUUGUA